CCCGCCCCGGGCCCCGGCCGCCGCCUCCAUGUCGGACAACCAGAGCUGGAACUCGUCGGGCUCCGAGGAGGACCCCGAGACGGAGUCGGGGCCCCCUGUGGAGCGCUGCGGGGUGCUCAGCAAGUGGACAAACUACAUUCAUGGGUGGCAGGAUCGUUGGGUAGUUUUGAAAAACAAUACUUUGAGUUACUACAAAUCUGAAGACGAGACAGAGUAUGGUUGCAGAGGUUCCAUUUGUCUUAGCAAGGCUGUCAUCACGCCCCAUGAUUUUGAUGAAUGCCGAUUUGAUAUUAGUGUAAAUGAUAGUGUUUGGUAUCUUCGAGCUCAGGACCCAGAUCAUAGACAGCAGUGGAUUGAUGCCAUUGAACAACACAAGACUGAAUCUGGAUAUGGAUCUGAAUCCAGCUUGCGCCGGCAUGGCUCAAUGGUAUCACUAGUGUCUGGAGCAAGUGGCUAUUCUGCAACUUCCACCUCUUCAUUCAAGAAAGGUCACAGUUUACGUGAGAAAUUGGCCGAAAUGGAAACCUUUAGAGAUAUCCUCUGUAGACAAGUUGAUACUCUGCAGAAGUUCUUUGAUGCCUGUGCUGAUGUUGUCUCCAAGGAUGAACUUCAAAGGGAUAAAGUGGUAGAAGAUGAUGAAGAUGACUUUCCUACAACACGUUCUGAUGGAGAGUUCUUACAUAAUACCAAUGGCAAUAAGGAAAAGAUAUUUCCACAUAUAAUGCCAAAAGGAAUUAAUGGUAUAGACUUUAAAGGAGAGGCAAUAACUUUUAAAGCAACUACUGCUGGAAUUCUUGCUACACUUUCUCAUUGUAUUGAACUAAUGGUUAAACGUGAGGACAGCUGGCAAAAGAGAAUGGAUAAGGAAUCAGAAAAGAGAAGACGAACAGAAGAAGCAUAUAAAAAUGCCAUGAUAGAACUUAAGAAAAAAUCUCAUUUUGGAGGACCAGAUUAUGAGGAAGGCCCAAAUAGUCUGAUUAAUGAAGAAGAAUUCUUUGAUGCUGUUGAAGCUGCUCUUGACAGACAAGAUAAAAUAGAAGAACAGACACAAAGUGAAAAGAUCAGGUUGCAUUGGCCUACAUCCAUGCCAUCUGGAGAUGCCUUUUCCGCUCUGGGAACUCAUAGGUUUGUCCAAAAGCCCUAUAGUCGCUCUUCCUCCAUGUCUUCCAUUGAUCUAGUCAGUGCCUCUGAUGAUGUUCACAGAUUCAGCUCCCAGGUUGAAGAGAUGGUGCAGAACCACAUGACUUAUUCAUUACAGGAUGUAGGGGGAGAUGCCAAUUGGCAGUUGGUUGUAGAAGAAGGAGAAAUGAAGGUCUAUAGAAGAGAAGUGGAAGAAAAUGGGAUUGUUCUGGAUCCUUUGAAAGCUACUCAUGCAGUUAAAGGAGUUACAGGCCACGAGGUCUGCAAUUACUUUUGGAAUGUUGAUGUUCGCAAUGACUGGGAAACAACUAUAGAGAACUUCCAUGUGGUGGAAACGUUAGCUGAUAAUGCAAUCAUCGUUCAUCAGACUCACAAGAGAGUGUGGCCUGCUUCUCAGAGAGAUGUAUUAUAUCUUUCUGCCAUUCGAAAGAUACCAGCUAAGACUGAAAAUGACCCUGAAACUUGGAUAGUAUGUAAUUUUUCUGUGGAUCAUGAUAGUGCUCCCCUAAACAAUCGAUGUGUUCGUGCCAAAAUAAACAUUGCUAUGAUUUGUCAAACCUUGGUAAGCCCACCAGAGGGAAACCAGGAGAUCAGCAGGGACAACAUUCUUUGCAAGAUUACAUAUGUAGCUAAUGUAAACCCUGGAGGAUGGGCACCAGCUUCAGUGUUGCGGGCAGUGGCAAAGCGAGAGUACCCAAAGUUUCUAAAACGUUUUACUUCUUACGUACAAGAGAAAACUGCAGGAAAACCAAUUAUAUUCUAGUAUUAACAGUGACUGAAGCAAGGCUGUGUGACAUUCCAUGUUGGAGGAAAAACUAAAAAGAAAAAGUGAAUGCUCUGAGCUGGAACAUAGGAUCUACAGCCUUGUCUACGGCCCAGCACCUUGGUCUUGUGUACAAAAGUGAAGAAAUACUGCAAUAGCAAAGCUGAACAUUUUAACACUAGCUGUCUCCUGCUAGAUCUCCUAACUCAGCAUAUAAUUGUAUAAAUACAUGUACAAUUACAUGUAUAUGGCUAUAUUUUUAUUUGCUUCUUCCUAGAAGAGAAAAAAAAUCAACUUUGAAUCACAACUAGGAAUUGAUGCUUUAAUUUUUGGAAAUUUUUCCAGAAUUUUUAAUUUACUAUAGUCUGGCCUAAGAUCCUGUAUUAUUACCAGAUUUUGUGCGCAAAAGAAAGCUACAGAAGUUGAAGGGACCUGUGGCUUGCACUUUCUGUGCACCAGAUAUCUGGAUGGGAAUCUUUUUUUGAGGCCUGCAGUCAAAUAUGUGUCCAGAAUUUUUUGACUUUUUUGCUUUGUAUAAUCAUAGAAUUCAUUGCUGCUGGUUUAUAUAAUGAUUCAUGUUGCUGUGUAGUAUCUCAUAACUGAGGGCUGUCUAAUAAUAUGUUUAUUGCCUUUUCUAUAGUCUUACUCCCAUGAAGAGCCUUGGUUCUGAUGGAGAAAGAAUUAAGAGCUUUAUCCCCCUCCCCAGAUACCUAUAUAUUUUUAUUGUAUUUUUUAGUUGUGACUAUGUAUUACAGACUUUUUUUCAGUGUGUUACAAACACAAUUUGAGUCCCUAAAUUGAUUCUGCCAGUGUCCAAACAUAAACAUCUAUAAAAAAAUCUUUGAGUAUAAUUUUCUGAUAAAGUGGUUAGGAUACAAUGAGCUCAUAUUAUUCCUCGAAGUUGUAGGAGGAAGUUGUUAUUACUUGUUUAAAUAGACUGGUUGGCUUUGAAAUUUGAAUCAAUAUUUUUAAUAUUCAGUGGAACUAUGUUUGUAACUUCUAAGCUCAUUUUUUAAAAUAAUGUUGCAAGAUAGUCAUAGAAAAUAUGAGCAAUGCUCCUGUUUGCCUGAUUAGAAUCGUCAGCAGAGUUACUAGUAAAGGAUUCCAUAUGAUUCAAACUGAAAUUCUUCCGUUGACUGUUUGUAACUUAUAUGUAAAAUAUCUAUUUUUAGUUUUAGGCCUCUGAAAAACAUUGAAGCAUGGAGUUGAGGCAAGGAAUGCUACUCAUUGAAGUAAAAAUGACUGCCCACUUCAGAAUCUUCAUUGUCCUUAUCCACAGAUGUGCUUACACAAAUCAGAGGCAUUUUGUAGGUGCUUUGCUGAUUUACUCAUCCUUGUAGAAACACAGAAAUCAAACCCAUUUGUAAAGUAGAAAGUUCAAGAAAGAUGUGGAAUACGCCUGUAAAUAUAUAUAUUUCACACAUGGUAAUGGUUUCUUAAUGAAAAAUGCAAGAUGAUAAUUUAAUGAUGGGAUUAGUAUGACACUUAAUAUGCACAAUCCUGGAAGUGAUUUCUUGCAUCAAAUGUAGUGGUAUUUAUUCUGUACAGAGAGAAAGUACAUAUAAAACAUGCUUACAUGCACGCAGAUUUCAUGCUUCAUAAAUCUUUUCUAUUUUUUAAUUUACCUUUCUCUAAAGAUGUGCAUGGAAUAUGCCUUAUUAUAGAAAAAUGCUGUUCAUAAUUUGACUGCGUGGAAAAGUGCCUAUAUGGUGGUAAUGCUACUAAGGCAAAUAAAACAAAUUAUAUCAGUUUACUACAUCACCAGUUAACAUUUUAUAUUGUGAUGUUUAAAAAAAGUUUAUACCUCAAAUGUGUAUUUUAUUUUACAAUCAGCUGUGGAGUUGGGAUGGGAUUGUGGGAGGGUUGGGGGAAGAAAGGGUUUAUUCAUCAUACUGCUGAUGGGAAGCUUAUAGAAAAUCUUAUAUGCCCACUAUUAUAAAUGUUUCCCUGUUUGCCAUUUCUGGUAACUAUCAUGAACACAGGACAAGCAACCUUUCAUAACUAAAUUGAAUAACUUAUUUUACAAAGGUUUGAAAUGUUUACAAAGCAGUAUCUAAAUCUAAUUACCAUUAGUUGCAUUUGCACUAAAUGUUGAUAUACUUUUGCAAAAUAUUCUGUAAAUAAAAUGAUUACACUAAAAAUAUUUGUAUUAAAAAGUGGAAAGAUACAUUUUACCUUUCAAUAAUUACACUGGUACUUCACUAGAGUUAAUACUGUCCAACCAGGUUUUGAAAUAAGUUGGGGAAUAUGAAGCGUUUAAGAGAUCAAAAUUUUGACUAUUCACACGCUCUAGGAUUAUUUUCAUAUGGCUGAUUCCUACACACUGAAUAUACAUAAUGUUUUCUCAUUCACAAGUAUUUCCUACUUCUCUUCCCUAAGCCCUGCUCCCCCCAAAGAAAGUAUCCAUUUAUUUUUAAACUCUUUUCUAUAACUAAUUUUAAGAGUAAGUCAGUUACUCUUUUGUGACUGAAACUUGAGAAACAUUGGUGAUGGGGGCUUUUUUUCCCUGAGUGCCCACCGUACAGGACAAGAGACCAUAGUGUUUCACUUGAAACUUCAGACUCGUUAUUUUCUAAUGAAGGUAAUAAAGGCAUCGCUUCAUUGGGAUUGCCACCAGGGCAGCCAGGCCAAGGAGGAGCGGAUAAUUCUUUUUUGUGAGAGAAAUGUAGAAACAGUAAGGAAAAGAGAAAUGGAUUUCCCAUUUGUUCAUUUUCAUCAGCUAAUGUGUGCACCUAUACAACACCAGUAGCAGUUGCUGUUGAGAAUUUUUAGUUGGGCUGAGCUGGUUCUCUUGUGAAUUUGUGCUGGUUAUGGUUUUCAGUUCUUUGUUCAUUGACACACUUUCCUCCAGUAUUUAGUCCUAAUUGUACAGACAUUGUAUUUGGAUUAUUGUCAUUGUUUAUCUACAAACUCAAAACAUAAUCAUUUUAAAGUACCUUGGGAGUGUGUAGAGUAUAUUCUAUAAUAGAUUUAUAAUCCUAAUAAUGUUUUUUUUUAAAUCAUAAAGUUGGAUCUUCCAUGUUACAAUCACAAAAUAAAAACCAGUAUAUUUAAAAGUGGAAAAGUAUUAAAAUUAUUAUGGACAAAAAAAAA